AUGUCUGUUAAUAGCAGUAAAGAGACUCGCGAACAGAAAGAGUCAAUUGAUAUUUCUGUUGGGAAUGUGGAAGUAUCUUCAGAUCCCCUUGAAGCAGUAGCGUCGCUGGAAGGUGUAGACAAAUCACGUAUAGUUGGUGCUGAUCUCUUUGAAGAGAUAAUAGAGGAGGAUCUGGAGAGGGACGAUGAAGACUAUGCAAAGAUUAGAAGAAAAAUAGACAGGUGGAUGCUUCCAAUCUUGUGUUGCACGUACAUGCUUCAGUUCUUGGACAAGCUUUCAUUGAAUUACGCAUCCGCCUAUUCUCUGAGAGAAGAUCUCCAUCUAACGGGCGGUGAUUAUGGUGAUAUUGCUGCUAUUUUUAACGCAGGUUACUUGGUAGGUUGUAUCCCUACUAUUUGGGUGAUCCAAAGGGUGCCUGUAGCGAAAUACACAGGGUGUGCACUAGUAAUUUGGGCGAUCCUUCUUAUUGCUCAUGUAGGAGCAAGAAAUUAUGCAGACAUGAUGGCAUUAAGGUUUUUACUUGGUGUUAUGGAAGCAUCCAUUUCGCCAUCUAACAUGAUGAUGUGUGGUAUGUUCUAUAACAAGAGAGAACAGCCGUUCAGAAUGUGUACGUUUUUAUCCAUGAAUGGUGUUGCUACAAUGGUCGGAGCUCUGUUGGCUUACGGUUUGGGUCAUUCUACCAACACUACGUUGAGACCAUGGAAGUUGAUUUUCCUCGUUAUAGGUCUGAUAAACUUUGCAUGGGCGCUAGUAUUUUUGUACCUCGCUCCUGAUUCUCCAGCUAAUGCAAGAUUUUUGAAUCAUGAAGAAAAGCUGAAGGUUAUUAAGCGUGUCUCCAAAAAUCAAAUGGGUAUCAAAGACACCAAAUUCAAGAUUUAUCAGACAUAUGAAGCACUCAAAGAUUUAAAUGUUUGGAUCCUGGCUAUCAUUGGUUUAGGGUGUGGUGUUGUAAAUGGCGGAACAUCGAAUUUCAUCUCAUCAUUGAUCAGGGGUUUUGGCUUUUCAGGUUUGAAUGCAACAUUGCUACAAUUACCAACAGGUGCCAUUGAGUUUGUCUGCGUCUUUGCGGCUGGAUUGAUUGCAAUCACGACUAAAAAAAACAUUCGCACAAUUUUACUUUUUCUAUUGUGCAUACCAACGCUUGCAGGUCUGAUUGGCAUUCAUUUAAUCCCUCUUGAACAUAAAUGGGCUCUUGUGGGAUGUUGUUGGUUGUUAUACAUCAUCGGUGGACCAGUAAUUAUGUGUUGGGUUUUAAUGAAUGCCACGAUCGCAGGUUCAUCGAAGCAUUCAACAGCAAAAAUAAUGUGGUUUCUUAUGUACACGUCUGGCAAUAUCGUCGGUUCAAAAAUCAUGUAUGCCAACGAGGCUCCAAAAUAUAUUUCUGGUAUGAAGGGCUUGAUUGGCUCCUACGGAGGAAUGAUGUUUCUCAGUAUAAUUUACUUCGCGCUUAUGUUCUUCAGAAACAAAAGCAGGAAUUCUAAAGGGCCACUUACUCCAGAAAUGGAAAGAGAGGGUAUCAUUAAUGGCUUCAAGGAUAAAACUGACUUCGAAAAUCGUUAUUUCAGAUACGCUUACUGA